AUGUCCAUGGCCACUGCUGAGACAACGGGAGCAACCGCCUGGGAAUUCGAGUCUGUGGUUGCGACGGCUUCGGAAGCACCAACUGAUGAGUCGGAGCUUGACAUUUCCAUGGAGAUUGGCAAGAUGGUGGCCGUGGCGCCAAUGAGAGCAAUCCCUGGCACAUCGCCAGGGCCUCCGCUCGGCGGCCUUCUUGCCGGCACACCGCCGGGUCCGCCACCUCCGGGCGCGUUGGAUAAGGCUUGGGAGAUUCGCCCCUACUGCCACAUGGAAAGCCAAUACUUUCUAUUGCCUCAAGAUGAUGACCACUUAAUCCUGCUGAAGCAUGUCCACAUCAUUGACGACAAGGUGUCAGGUGAGGCAGGCAAGGGCAAGACACCUUUGGGGCGAGUAGUCGCCACGAUGUUCUCGCGCUACUAUGGGGGAGAGGGCCAGGGCACUUUUCGCACAACGUCUGACUUGGACUUUUUCAAGGGCAUCCCCUUUACCAAGACUGCGCGCCGGCUUCGAUGGCAAAAACCGGACACCCUGCUGGACACCUCCAAGCCGAAGCUCCAGAACUUCAAGCAAGGGGAGCGGCUGCAAGAAGCAAAGAUCGUCACCAUGAAGAAGAAGCUCGACAACAAGAAAAGAAGACAAGAGAGGUACCAUGACGGGCACGCCUUCUUCGCUCGCGAGACUCACUCCGACCCAGUGAACGUGGACACCGACCGCGCCAGCAUGGGAUGGACCAACUGGGACAUUGAAAAGAAGGAGAGUAUCAAAGUCAAAAAGGAGCAGGAAAAUCCCAGUGCGAAACUGGGCCUGUUGCACGCGGACGAUGAUGAGACCUUGGAGCAGGCAUUGGAGAAUGCGAUGGACCAUGAAAACAAUGUCCAGGCGUUGGCAUGGCGCCUGACGAAGAGCGAUGAUUCGGCUGUGGUGGCUUCAUUGGUCUCAGCACGUUCUGAUGGCAUUUUGAGUCUCCUUUCUCACAAUUCAACGAGAUGGGCAUAUGCUGCUCGAUAUGACUAG